GCGCGCGCUCAUUGGACGAGGGAGCGAGGGGGUGGGCCCGCGCGCCGGCAGACUCGGACGCGGAAGUGGGGUGUCGGAGCGUGCGUGCAGGCGCAGGACGGGCGCGGGAACGGGCCAAUCGGCGGAGGGAAAGGGGGCGAGCUCGGCCGCUCAUUGGCCGCGAGGCACGUCACUCAAGCGCUGGACGGGCGCGGCGGGAUGGCGGCGGCGGAGCUCGGAGGCCUGGCUGGCAGCCCGCGCGUCAUUCUCAUCCUCUCGGGGAAGGGGGGCGUCGGGAAGAGCACGGUCUCCGCAGAGCUGGCGCUGGCCCUGCGCCACGCAGGCAAGAAGGUGGGACUCCUGGAUGUGGAUCUGUGUGGCCCCAGCAUCCCCCGCAUGCUGCAAGUGCAGGGCCAGCCCGUGCACCAGUGCGAUGGGGGCUGGCUGCCCGUGUACGUCGACCUUGAGCAGCGGCUCUCGCUUAUGUCCGUGGGUUUCCUGCUGGAGCGCCCCGACGAGGCGGUGGUGUGGCGGGGCCCGAAGAAGAAUGCCCUUAUAAAACAGUUCGUGCGAGACGUGGCCUGGGGCCCCCUGGAUUUUCUGCUCGUGGACACGCCUCCCGGGACCUCGGAUGAGCACAUGGCGGCCGUGGAGGCUCUGCGGCCCUACAGCCCCCUGGGGGCCCUCGUGGUCACCACACCCCAGGCCGUGUCGGUUGGGGACGUGCAGCGUGAACUGACCUUCUGCAAGAAGAUGGGGCUGCGGGUGUUGGGGGUCGUGGAGAAUAUGAGUGGCUUCGUCUGCCCGCACUGCACGGAAUGCACCAAUGUCUUCUCCCAGGGAGGCGGGGAGGAGCUGGCUCGGCACGCAGGGGUCCCCUUCCUGGGAGCUGUGCCCCUGGACCCUCAGCUCUCAAGGAGCCUAGAGGAAGGGGGGAAUUUCCUGCAGGAGCUUCCCCAAAGCCCUGCCGUCCUGGCACUGCUCUCCAUAGCCCACCAGAUCUUGGACCAGAUGCCUGCUGCAUGCCCGUGACUAGCCAGCAUGCUGAGCUCUGUUUGGGAGGCCCCCCUAUCCAAGGCACUCUUAGCCAUUCGCCUGUUGGUGCUUUGUGUGACUCAGAUGGCUGGAUGGGAGCCAUGGGACAGCAUGGGGGCCCGGGUGGCAGGAGGGGCCUUUCUGUGGGGCAGAUAGAGCCGCACUGGAGCCCAAAUUAAAAGCAUCAUCAGCUUGCUA